AUUCGCUUCUGCGAUUACAAGCAAACAACAACAAUGGCAUUUAAAUUUAACCUUAUUUUGGGUGUGUGUCUUUUGGCCGUUGCCUGCCAGGGCGAACGUGCCCGCUACGAUAAUUAUCGCGUGUACAAAACUACCGCUUCUAAUGAGGCUGAAUUGGAGGUUUUAAAGAACUUGGAAGGUGCUUCGGAUUCUAUAAUGUUCUUGAAUGGCAUACACUCCAUUAACAAGCCCAUUAAUGUGGUAGUAGCUCCCCACAAGGUGCCCGAUUUCUUGGAAAUUAUGGGUACUAGUGAAGUCGAAUAUGAAUUGGUGGAAAGCAACUUGCAAAGUCAAUUGGAAGAUGAUGAAGAACAAGUAGCCAAAACGAAUCCGCUUGCUCGUGCUGUUUCCUACAACUGGAAUCAAUACUAUACUUUGGACGACACCUACAAGUGGUUGCAACAAUUGGCUGUGGAGAAUCCCGGUGUUGUGACUUUGAUUGAAGCUGGCAAGACCUAUCAAGGACGUUCGAUUUUGGGUGUUAAAAUCUCCAAGAGCAAAUCGGAAAAGCCCGGUAUCUUCUUAGAAGCUGGUAUACAUGCCCGUGAAUGGAUUUCUUCUGCCACUGCCACCUAUAUAAUCAACCAAUUGCUAAACUCCAACGUGGCCAGCAUUAGCCAGAUAGCUGAGAACUACAACUGGUACAUUUUCCCUCAUGCCAAUCCCGAUGGUUAUGUUUACACCCACACCACCGAUCGCAUGUGGCGUAAGACUCGUACUCCCUAUGGCAGCUGUUUUGGUGCUGAUCCCAACCGUAACUGGGGCUUCCAAUGGAAUGUGGUUGGCUCUAGCAACAAUCCCUGCUCCGACACCUAUGCUGGUCCUUCUGCCUUCUCCGAAAUCGAAACCCGCUCUUUGGCUGACUACCUCAAGUCUUUGGAGGGUAAAAUUUCUUUGUACAUCGACUUCCAUGCCUAUUCUCAAUACCUGCUGUAUCCUUACGGUCACACUGCCUCCUUGCCCGCCAAUAUCAAGGACUUGAAACAAGUUUUCGAUGUCAGUAUUGCUGCCAUCAAUAAACGUUAUGGCACUAAAUAUACAGGCGGCAACAUUUAUGAUGCCAUCUAUCCCGCUUCGGGCUCCUCCGUCGAUUGGGCUUACGAAAAUGUUGGCACCAAAAUGGCCUUCUGCUAUGAAUUGCGUCCUUCCUCCAACUCUUUCCUGGUUGGUUUCAAAUUACCUGCCUCACAAAUUGUAUCCACCGGUGAGGAAACCAUUGAUUCUAUUGUUGCCAUGGUUAACGAAGUCCAAAAAUUGGGUUACUUCAAAUAAAUAACAACGACUUCCUUUAAAGGAAAUGGUUUAAAUAAAUUGAUAUUAAAUAUUCGAUAAUACAAA